GGUUUGAGGGAGUGAGGGCUUUCCUGUUUGUCCCUCCAAUCUCCCCGUCCACGUUGCGUCUCUCUCUUUACACCGCCCACUCCAAGAUGGCAGCGUUCAGGGUCAAAGUGACACGGGGUUCUUUAAUGAAAUGCUUUAAUAAUAAUAAUAUCAACAUUCACGGGAUAAACCCGCAAACAUUUCUUCUGCCAAACCCACACGCAACGCGUUCUCUGUUACAAAGGUCGUGGAUCCACACGGUAUGGAGUGGGGGGGUCUGCGGUCGGUCACUCGGUGGCGCUCGCGGCCGGCAGUCGAACGGUCAGUUUGUGUUGGUCACUGCGGUAGCCGUGAGACACAACAGCACAGAGGUUCCCAUUAACACAGCAGCAGGCACCGCCCCUUCCCUCCUCCAACCAAUCACAGAGCAGGCGGCAGAGUCAGCCCCCACAGUAUUGGAUGUGCUGCAGGAGGCAGGGCCUGAGCUCAGCCUAUCCGAGCUGGGACUGGGGGCGUACACUCCCGUGGGGCUCAUUCAGAAUAUUCUCGAGUGUCUGCACUUGAACCUGGGGCUGCCCUGGUGGGGGGCCAUCGUGGUGGGCACAGUGCUGGCUCGCUGUCUGGUGUUCCCGGUCAUUGUUAAGGGUCAGAGGGAAGCAGCCAAACUGAACAACCACUUACCAGAGAUGACCAAACUGACCAACCGCAUGAACGAGGCCAAACACAGCGGGAACAAGUUUGACUUCUCGAAGGCCUAUUCUGACAUGAUGAUCUUUCAGAAGAAGCACGAUAUUAACCCUUUCAGAGGAUUCCUAGUCCCCUUGGUGCAGGCCCCCAUCUUCAUCUCGUUCUUCAUCGCCCUUCGGAAGAUGGCGUACCUCCCAGUUCCCAGCAUGCAGAGUGGCGGGCUGUGGUGGUUCACUGACCUGACUCUGUCCGACCCCUUAUAUAUCCUUCCGCUGGCUGUGACCGGGACUAUGUUCGCAAUCAUCGAGUUAGGUGCAGAGUCCGGUGUUGACAACCCAAACCUGCGUGCGAUGAAGACUGUGUUCAGAGUGAUGCCCUUCGUCAUUCUGCCUCUCACCAUCUCCUUCCCCACGGCUAUCUUCACCUACUGGAUGACCUCGAACGUCUUCUCGCUGGCUCAGGUGGGCUUCCUGAAGAUCCCGGCAGUCAGGAGGAGGCUAGGAAUCCCAGACAGGGUGACCCACGACCCCUCAUCACUGCCCCAACAAGACGGCUUCCUGCAGAGCAUGAGAACUGGAUGGAAGAAUGCCCAGCUAUCGCAUCAACUGGAGGAAAGAGAGAGACGAAUCAAAAACCACCUAGACAUGGCAGCUAAAGGGCCUUUGAGGCAGACGUUUACCCAGAAUCCUCUGCAGCAGCCUCAGCAAUUGGUUGCAAAGGCGAAAGGGGCGUCAGCUGGCAGCGUGUCGAAAGACAAGAAGAGGCCGUGGGAGGAGACUAUCGGCUGAAGCACAGUCGCGAGUGUGUGUAAAUAGGGGUUGGGAAACAGAAGGCUCCGUUUUGAACCCCCUUUUUAUUGAUCUGCUGUGACAUUGCAAGAUCCACUUCUCUUCGCUCAGUCCAGCAGGCAAACAGCUAGUUCCUUCAUUAGUGUAGUGUGUGUUUCUUCUCCUGUUUGUUUGAGUGGAUCUUGUGAUAUCAGAGGUAGUUCACCCAGAACUUCAAUCAGAAACUGUACAGGUAAAAAAUAGAAGAAACUAAAAAAGUCAAGCAGCAGACUAGCGUUUUUUCUGCUAAUGUUUUCAUCAGUGCAACGUGUGUGACAAUGUGGAAGUGUCUGUUUCUUGUUGAGUGGAUCUUGUGAUCUCAGAGGUAGUUCACCCAGAAACAGAUACUUCCGGGGUCCCUGAGGGUCUCCCCUAGUAAAGGCACGGCCGCAAGGUGACUCAUACAGCACAGGCUUGCGUCCUGGCUGUGUGAAGUCCCAGGUCUUUACUGGGAAUUCUAAAGGGAGCGUCGCAUUGGCUCUGGCGCUCCUGUGGGUUACGAGAGGCAGAACUGGAAGAGACUGUUUCUUCUCAUCGCACUACAGCGGACCCUACCGGCCAGGCGUCCAGUGAGGUCAGAACGGACACCUCCAGGGCUGGCCUUUGUCCUCCAGAGGCCGGCUUACUGACAUCCGCUCUCGAGUUCCUGGGUGUGGAAGAGGAAGCUGGCUUGGUCGUGGGAUCGGAGGAUGGCCGCUGAACCUUCAGAUCUCCUGAGCAGCUGUGCGGGGAGAAAAAAUUGGGCAUUCCAAUAGAGGGGUAAAAUAAAAGCCGAACCGACAGUUCAGUGUGUGUCUCACACACACUACACUGAGGAAAACGCUGGCUGAAGGUCUGCUGCUUGACUUUCUAAACUUCUAGCACAAGGACCCUAAAGAAAAAUGAUGACGUCUUGGUAAUUCUAUAGACAAUAAUGAAGAGAAUAAUAAUGAUGAUGAUGAUAAAUAAUAAAAAGGGUUCUGAUUUCUUAAGAAA